AUGUGGCAGCCACAGCAGCAGCAGCAGCGGGACGACCGCGAAGGGGACGAAGACCUGCACGAGCGCCUGCUGCAGCUCAUGGCCACUUCCGGAUACCCUAUCGUACAGGUGACGCACGCCCUGCGACGCGUAGCCCUUAAAUCAAAGUUGCGAGCAGAGAACGGACAGCGGCGGUACGGGCCGCCGCCAGGCUGGAGGGGCCCGGCGCCGGGCACGGAGUGCGAGGUGUUCGUGGGGCGGCUGCCGCGCAGCUGCUACGAGGACGUGCUGGUGCCGCUGCUCAGCGCCGCGGGCCGCCUCUACCAGCUGCGCCUCAUGAUGGACUUCAGCGGCCGCAACCGCGGCUACGCCUUCGCCAUGUACACCAGUCCAGAGGAGGCGGAGCGCGCAGCGCGGCUGCUGCACGGGCGGGAGGUGCGGCCCGGCAGGCGCGUCGCCGUGCUGCCCGCCGCCGACAACAGCCGCCUGCUGGUGACGUCGCAGCCAGCGCCGGGCACCACCAGCGUGCCGCAGCUCUCGUGCGAUCUCCUCGCAGAGGAUCUGCAGCGGAUGACGGACGGCGUGGUGGGCGUGGAGCCGCGCGGCGCGUCGCUGGUGGUGCAGUACGACAGCCACCGGAGCGCGGCGCUGGCGCGGCGCCGCCUCGCCGCCUGCGUGGGGCUGCGCGUCGACUGGCUGCCCGCGGGGCCCGCCGCCGCCGCCGCCGCCGCCGGACACAGGCACGACGCCUCGCCGCCCGGGGACGCACAGCAGGAGGUGCCCGACGGAGGCCGGCGCACGCUGAGAGCGGUGACGGGCGCCGGCGCCGGCGGCAGGCUGCGGCACUAG